AUGAUGCUAGCAUCUGCUGGACUGUAUAUAUUACGUAAUCAACUAAGGAAUUUAUUAAAUUUGACUGACACUAUAGAAGAUCUACCUGUAAAUAAUGAUCAAAAUUCCACUGAAAAUCUAUUAAAGGCGAUUAAUACGAUAAAAGAACAAACGCCAAUCGCUAUUCGUAAUUUUUCAUCUCAAUAUGGAUCGAAUGGUAGUGACAGUUAUGUUGUAUCGAAUGUAUGUUCAAAUCCUGAAAUAUAUCCCUUAUAUGGAGAUUCAACACAUGCACUUGUAUUUCGUACGUACGGUCCAUGGUGGAUUAAUUUGCCAUCGUAUCAAGAAACAAAGAAUUUUACUCGAUGGGAAAAUCAUUUUACUAGUCGAGAUUUUAUUGAUAUUGAAUUUCGAGAUUUUGUUUAUGAAUGUUAUAGUUUGAAUAUUUAUGAAACAUAUAAUCCGGGAACACUCGAAGUUGUUUAUGUUGGAAAAGAAGAUCACUAUGGAAAUAUAAUUUGGCAUAGAAUUUGGUCGUUUCCUCAACCAUUUAGUAUUGUUUUAAGUAAUAGUGAAGAAAUAAUUAUUGAAAAUGGUCUUCAAUCAACGAAUGAUUUAUUUCCUGAUCAUAUCAAAACUGAUUCAUCUGUUCUACAAACAUUAAAUUUAAAUGCUUAUACACGCCAUACUUGUCCACCGGCCGCUCGUUUACCACGCAUUGUGAAAAUUUCGUUAAAAGAUAAAAUUUCAUUUCCAACACGAUUGAUUCGUUUGGAAUUUGAUCAUAGCACAGUCAGCUAUUAUUCCGAAAUCGAUACCGUUAUUUUAUCUGGAAAAAUUCUACCUACUGAUUCAGUGUUAAACGAAAGUAAUGAACAAAGAGAACCGUCUUUAACAACAAUAAUAGACGAACAAAACAAAGAAUCAAAUUCUUCCAUGGAUUUAUCAAAACUUCCUUUUGAUAUUUUAUUUAUAAUUUGUUCUUAUCUUGAUUUACGUUCAUUAAUUCGAUUGUCGUCCACAUGUCAAACAUUGCAUAAUCAAUGUCUUCAUCCAUUACAAUUUCAAUCCCUCAAUUUACAACCCUACUGGAAUGGCAUAACAAAUUUUACUAUAGAAAAUUUCUUUUUACGUCAUUGCACUCGAACUCGAUAUAUUUCAUUAGCUUGGUCAAAGUCAUUACAGUGUUCAUCGUUCAAUCAAUUAUUAAACGUUUGUUCGAAUGGUCUUGUACAAUUAAAUCUUGCUUGUUGUCAAUAUUUAAAUGGGCUUUAUAUAAAAAUAAUUGUUAAUUGUUGUCCAAAUAUUGAAAUAUUAAAUUUAGAAAAUUGUAUUUCAUUAAACAAUUUGGAUUUUAUACCAUUAAAAUAUCUUGAUCGUGUUCGAUCAUUAAAUGUUUAUAGAACAAAAAUUGAUUAUAGAACUUUAUUGCCAUUUAUUGAUAAUAAUAAAAAAAAUUUAGAACAUAUUAAUUUAGGGAGUUGCCAAAAGCUUAGUGAUACUAUUGGUAUGAUUAGACUAUUAUUUUCUCGUUGUACAAAUCUUCGGUCCGUUGACCUUUGGCGUACAUAUGGUUUAACACAAAAUGGAUUUUUCUCUCUUGUUGGCUCACACUUCGAUACUGGAGAAGAAAAACGACGAAUAUUGAAUUUAUCAAGAGAUGAACAAGAAGAAUUAGCUAUUCUCUAUUCAAGUGUUAAUAUGCCUAUCGGUAUCAAUUCAUUAAUAAAUAUGAAAUAUUUAAGAGAAAUUGAUCUCGGUUGGACAGAUCCGCCAUCUGGUUUUAUAAGAAGUUUUGUACAACAAGUGGGGCAUUCCUUAAUUAAACUUUUCUUAACAGCUUGCCGACGUGUUAAUAAUGAAGAUAUAAUGGCAGUCAGUGAACACUGUCUUCAAUUACGUCAACUUGAUCUACUAGGAUCAAGUAUAAUUAUUGAAUCAACAGUUGAGUGUGUAUUAAAACGUUGCUUAUAUUUGGAAUUCCUUGAUUUAUCAUUUUGCGAUAAAAUAUCAAAUGAAACCGUAUCCAUAUGGAUGUGCCAAUAUAAAAAUUGUUUCAAAAGAAGUUAUUCACCAAGGAUGAAUGAUGAUAUUUACACAGAAUUUGACUAA